AUGUACCACUUUGUUCCAAAUCACAACAAAGUCUACGACAGCGAGGAAUACUUCCAUCGCCUCCGCAUCUUUAAAAAAAAUAAGAUAGUGGAUGGCCAUAAUGCUGAGAGUCACACCUUCACAAUGGACCUGAAUCAGUUUUCAGACAUGACAUUUGAAGAAUUCAGGAAAUUCUUCCUGCUACAGGAGCCUCAGACAGAGGAGGACUACCCUUUUUAAGUCUAUGAUGACACUUGCCACUUCCAUCCGCCGCUCGCCGACGCUUUUGUCCAAGAUGUGGUCAACAUUACGAGUGAGCGAUUUACUCUGUGCGAGAACACAGCCAACACGGUGAAUUACGCCGUCCUGGCCGUGGGUUACAACGUUGACGACAACAACGCAACAUAUUGGAUUGUGAAGAACUCAUGAGGCGCCGCCUGGGGAAUGGAUGGAUAUUUUAUGAUUGAGCGAGGAAAAAACAUGUGCUGACUGGCGGCCAGCGCUUCCUACUCACUUCUUGUGGUUUGA